UUCAUUGCAUCUCUUUCUCUCUCUUUCCUCGUUUGUAUAAAUCAAUUCACACAAUCAAACGCCUAAUUAUCAUACGUUUCGUUUUUCACCGUAACCCCUCUUUUUGCCCUAAAAUCAUAUCUGGGUUUCCCUUUUCCUCAUAUGAUUUCUUCAAGAUUUUGAUGCAUCCUUCGCUUAUCCCUCUCUCGAUUCUCUUCUUCUUCGUUGAUCUGCUGUUUUUUGCUCUCGAUCGAGGGUUUUUUGGGGUUUUAACUCUCGGAUUUCUUUCGGCUUUCCUUCAAUCGGGCUCAUGCAGAAGCUAUUUGGGGAAGAUGUUCUUUGCCAUGGCAUGCCAAAAUACCAGAAUUCCGAAGAGUCGAAUCUCUUCUUGUCCCUUGGUCAUCAUGUCGACGUCUACUUCCCACCUCGAAAGAGGUCACGAGUCACUGCUCCCUUUGUGUUCUGUGGAGAAAUGUUCAAGAAGCAGCAGACCACCAUUGAUGUCCUUCCCGAUGAAUGUCUCUUCGAGAUUUUCAGACGGGUAUCUGGAAGUCAAGAGAAAAGCGCAUGUGCUUCUGUUUCGAAGCGUUGGCUUAUGCUAUUAAGCACCAUUCGCAAAGACGAGAUCUGUUUUGACCUAAAGACUCAACCGGAAGCACCUGAAGUAGCUGUGCCUGUUGCCCCUGCCUCAUUUAUCAAGAAAGAUGGACUUUAUUCCUCUCUGGAAAUUGUCGAAGAUGAUAACAGUGGUGGGUGUCUCACAAGGUCUCUAAAAGGGAAGAAGGCUACAGACGUUAGACUUGCAGCUAUUGGUGUUGGAUCAGGUAGUCGUGGAGGAUUGAGUCAACUCGCUGUUCUUGGAAACAAUGCUAGUAAGGUGACGGAUUGUGGACUCAAGGCCGUUGCUCGUGGUUGUCCUACUCUUACAUCCCUUACCUUGUGGAAUCUAUCUUCGAUUGGAGACGAGGGUCUUGUCGAAAUUGCUAAUGAGUGUCCCCUGUUGGAGAAUCUUGAUCUUUCUCAAUGCCCUCAAAUUUCCGACAAAUCUUUGUUCGCCAUUGCAAACAAGUGUCCUAAUCUGACAUCACUAGCAAUAGAAUCUUGCUCGAAUAUUGGGAAUGAUGGCCUUCAAGCAAUCGGUCGAAGCUGUCUUAACUUGAAGUCGAUUUCAAUCAAAAACUGCAUUCUAGUUGGAGAUCAAGGGAUUUCUAGUUUGGUUUCAUCAGCAACUUGUUCCUUGAUGAAAGUAAGGCUUUACGGUUUAACCAUCAGCGAUGUGUCUCUUGCUGUUAUUGGACACUAUGGUAUGGCAUUGACCGACUUAAGUUUAGGUGGUCUUCGUAACGUAACCGAAAAGGGCUUUUGGGUUAUGGGCAGUGGUCAAGGCUUGCAGAAGUUGAAUUCAUUUAUAAUCAGCUCUUGUGGUGGUGUUACUGAUCUCGGGCUCAAAGCAGUGGGCAGAGGCUGUCCGAAUUUGAAGGAAUUUUCUGUACGUAAAUCUGGGUUCGUAUCAGAUAAUGGUAUCGUGUCAUUUGCUAAGGCCGCAGUGUCUCUAGAGACACUUUUACUAGAAGAAUGCAACGAGAUUACACAACUUGGAAUCUUCGGAUUGCUUGUAAAUUGUGGUAAAUUGAAGACACUCUCUUUGGCGAAGUGUUUAGGAAUUAAGGACUUGCCUAUGACGGUUCCUUUGACUUUUUCUCCUUGCAAUUCACUGAGAUCGUUCUCCAUCCGUAACUGCCCUGGAUUUGGAAACUUUAGCUUGGCUUUGUUGGGUAGGGUUUGCCACCAGCUUGAGCAUGUGGUUUUGAAUGGGCUUCACGGAAUUACAGAUGUGGGUCUUACUUCACUCGUUCAGAACUCCGAGGCUGGUCUAACCAAGGUCGAUCUUAGCGGCUGUGUGAACAUUUCCGACAAGAUUGUUUCAGAAAUCUCUAUGGUCCAUGGUGGGACACUGGAGGUAUUGAAUCUUGACAGUUGCAGAUUGAUCACCGAUGCAAGCGUGGUCGCCAUUGCGGAAAACUGCUUAUUGCUUCGGGAACUCGAUGUUUCCAAAUCAGCAAUCACCGAUUUCGCAAUUGCAGCCUUGGCUUGUGCUGAACAACUGAAUCUUCAGAUUCUCUCCGUCUCCAGAUGCAGUCAAGUGUCGAACAAGAGCAUACCGUUCUUGAAAAAGUUGGGCGAAACCCUCGUUGGUCUGAACAUCAUGCAAUGUGGUGGAAUCACCAGUAACGCGGUUGGUCUUCUGGAAGAGCAAAUUUGGAAGUGUGACAUUCUCGUUUAAGCUAUUAUGGGGUAUCCGUAUCAGAUAAUCAUCAGUCAGUUAUCAAUUAGUUCUUAAAGUUGGUUUCAGUAGUCGUGCAGGUUUUUACAGGUCCGUGCAAUGGGCGUCUUUUUGCGAUCCAGCUCUGAGCUCUCUUUUUUCCAAGGGAUUUGGCUGAUACCUCUUUUUUUACAGUUGUUUUUUACACAAAAAACAACUGUUGUAAGGAUUUUUGGGCUCUCAGAUGAGAUCCUUUGUUCUUGGCAGCUAUAUCUUCUUGAGAAUCCUGAUGCUUGGUUCUGGUUCUUGAAGACAACCUCUUGCAACGGGUCCUAGUCGUUGUGGUCAGGUAUCUGUUACCGUUUCAUGUUGGUUCGCGUGUUUAAGGUUACGAUGGGUCGGCAGUUGAUGAGGUAGUGAUGCCUUGGUUGUGCUUGUGGGAUUUGGGCAUGGUAGAUGUUUUAAGUCUGCUAUGACAGCCAUGGUUUAUGGUUGUUUUUUCUCUUUUACCAAGUCCUGGUUUUUGGAGGCAAUGCUUGUUUGUCAAGUGUUAGAUGUCUGUAAUCUUUUGUGAUGGGAACUUGUAAUAUCUACUUGUGUUUUGUGUCUUCU